UAAGAAUUAUCAAACUUGAUACAUAUUGUAAUAUUUUAGAUGCAUGUUCCUUACAAUUUUUUCUCUAGUUUGGAGUUUCCAUUUUAAGUGGAUUUUUCGGACCAUUAGAAUAUUUACUCAACUUGGCGGAUAGAAGCAUAGCAAAAUGCAGAUCUUCGUGAAGACCUUAACUGGGAAAACGAUCACUCUCGAGGUAGAGUCAUCGGAUUCAAUUGAAAAUGUGAAAUCCAAAAUUCAAGAUAAAGAAGGUAUUCCUCCGGAUCAGCAACGUUUGAUAUUUGCUGGCAAGCAACUUGAAGAUGGGCGUACUCUGUCAGAUUACAACAUUCAAAAAGAAUCUACCCUCCACUUGGUUCUUAGAUUGAGAGGUGGUGCUAAGAAACGUAAGAAGAAGAAUUAUUCUACACCAAAAAAGAUCAAGCACAAGAAAAGGAAGAUUAAGUUGGCUGUGUUAAAAUUUUACAAAGUUGAUGAAAAUGGCAAGGUUAUCCGUUUGAAGAAAGAAUGUACUUCUGAAAAUUGUGGUCCAGGUGUAUUCAUGGCUGACAUGCCAAACAGGCAUUAUUGUGGCAAAUGUUCAGCUACUGUUCCAAAGUAGAGAUGACCUAUGUAUAUUUUAAAUACAUAAUAUAAAAUUUAAAAAAAAA